AAAGCAUACCGCCCCUAAAUCACUGAAAAAAUUGUAACCCUUCGGGCCAUCAGGCUUUCUAAUUGCCAGGACCCGGUGGCCUUAGAUUUUCACUCUCGAGCUCUCUCUUCAGGCCUGUGCUCUCGGCGUAGCGAUUUCAUGGAGAACGGCGUCGGCACGGAGAAGGAUCUCAAUGAGGCAGGGGCGGAAGCGCUUCCGGAUGGCCGCUGUGGCAUUCGGAUCAAAGGAUGGCAGAUCGAGUCAUGCAAGCGCCCAAUACUGGGUUCUCUCGCUCUUCGAGAGUGGGAAGAAAAGCUUGGAACCUCACACCUACCUGAAAUGGUUUUUGGAGAUAGUUCAUUGAAUCUCUUACAUAUGGAAAGUGGUUUUAAGAUACAUUUUAAUGCAUUUGAUGCAUUGAAAGGUUGGAAGCAAGAGUCAUUACCACCGGUAGAAGUCCCUGCAGCAGCAAAAUGGAAAUUUAGAAGCAAGCCUGUCCAACAAAUUAUACUUGAUUAUGACUAUACAUUCACGACACCAUAUUGUGGCAGCGAAGCAGUAGAACUAAACCAUGAAAAGUCGAAUUUUAAAGAUGCGUGCCAGAAUCCAUACUGGGAGGAUUGUGAUCAGCGCAUUAACCUGGCUUCACUGACUUCAAAUGAACCAAUCCUUUUUUAUGACGAGGUUAUCUUGUAUGAAGAUGAAUUGGCUGACAGUGGAAUAUCCCUCUUGACCGUAAAAGUUCGAGUGAUGCCAAGUAGUUGGUUUCUUCUUCUCCGUUACUGGCUUAGAGUUGAUGGAGCGUUGAUGAGAUUAAGGGACAGUCGAGUUUAUUGUUCUUUUUCUGGUGACGAUGAUGCCCAACCCGUUCUUCUAAGGGAAAGCUGCUGGAAGGAAGCAAAAAUCCAAAGUUUAUUUGCUCAAGGCCUUCCAGUUGAUUCUGCAGCCUAUUGCGAUCCAAAUCUCAUUAGUCAGAGGCUACCUGUAGUUGCACAGAAGAUCCAAAGGCUAAAAAUUUCCUGGUAAAGCUUUCAGCAAAUAUAAUUUUCAAAGCCAUAUUUUUCGUCUGCUGUGGAUUUUUUAGAAUCUAAUACUGUCUUUAUGGAAGAAGAAUGGAAGACUGGACUUUUGUAGUAGUAGUUGUUGAUGAAUUUGAAAUUGUUUAAUAUAUAUUUCUUAAGCUUCCUGAUUUUUCU